AUGAGCCCGCUGAACAGGGGACCCCUUAUGGGGCCCAGAUUGCCGCCGGCCGGCGCGCGUCAGCUUCCGCCGCCUAGGUUCGUGGGUAGAAUAACGCCGCACGGCAUGCCGCCGCGGAUGCCGCCGCUGCCGCCGUUGAAUCCAAUGUUCGGGCCGCGGCAGAGGCUGCCGCUGCCACCGAGGCCCGCCGGCGGCGUAUCCCGGCCCAACGGCAUGCUGCCGCGGUUCCCGGCCGGUCCCCGAUCGCGCGGCAUGGCGCCCAUCGUGCCGUCGAUGGGACCGCGUGGCUCCGGCCCGCCGCGCGGCCCUCCCAUGCGACCGUGGCCCCGACGGAUGCCGUUGCCGCCGCCGCCGUUGCCGCUGCAGAUGGUACCGCCCAUGAGGCCCAGGUACAACGCGGGCAAUGGGAAUGCCAAGGCCAAGACGAUGGGUAACGCGAAAAAGGUCAAGGUCGAA